UGACAGUGUUGGCUGUAAGAUCUUGUCUCUUAUCUGCAUUGCAAGCGAAGUUGGGUAAGGUUCUUUUGUAACCCCUUUAGUGACCACAUAACCCUUUGUAAACUGUAAUCCUGGCUGAAAUUCUCUGUACCCCUCUUUGGGGUGAGGAGCAAAGGACGUGUGCGUGGUUCGAGGAGGUGUGUGAAAAGCCAUCGCAGAUGCCCAGAUGGUCAAGAAGAAGUGAGCGACUGGGAGAGAUGGCAGGACAAAUCCGUUGUGUCUGAUGCUAAACGAGGUAGCAACAUUGGCGGCCUCAGAGGUGAGGCAAACACCCCCGAAGGCGAGACAAGAAAUAAGCCCCGGCCCCCUGGAGCCAGCCCUGCUAGUGAGGCUGGCACCCUGGGCCCGAGACAGGAGCUGGGGCCUGAACCCCGACCGUGAAGUGGCGCGAGCCCAGAGAUAAUGAGGCGACUUUUGGUCCCUCCUUUGCGGCCAGACGCGUCCCAGCUCCACUCGCCCGAGAGAGGCCAAUGACUGCAGCCGGCGCUCUGGAGCCGGUGGAGGAACCCAGCCGUGGUCAGGAAACGCGUCAGCCGGGCAUCCCCACGUGUGCGGCUCCGGGUCUGAAUGUCGGGGGGCCUGGAGGUGCCCGGACCCUGCUGGGAUGCGGGACACCCCCUGUCUGCACUGAGCGGGGCUGCGAAAAGCACCAAGAAACCUCCCCGGCGAAUGGGGGCUGGGAUCUCCUUCCCUCAUCACCACUGGGAGCCAUGACUGCCCCGGACUCCUGGGUCCCCUUCCGGCAGCACCGCCAGCUCAGCCUCUACCUGCUGGCCAUCAUGACCUUCUCCUUCCUCAUCCACCUACGCAGCCGGUUCCUUACCACAAGACAGAGUCUCUCCUCCCUGAACACAACGAAGGGGUCCCCAGCCACGGAGCGGGGCAUGUGGACCGUGAACUCUGCCGGGCGCCUGGGGAACCAGAUGGGGGAAUACGCCACCCUCUACGCCCUGGCCAAGAUGAACGGACGCCAAGCCUACAUCCUCCCGGAGAUGCACCAGCAGCUGGCACCGCUCUUCCGCAUCACCCUGCCCGUGCUCUCCAGCGACAUGGUCCAGAACAUCCCGUGGAAGGAUUAUGAGCUCCACGACUGGAUGUCGGAGGAGUACAGGCACAUCGAGGGAAAAUACGUCCGGCUGACUGGCUACCCCUGCUCCUGGACCUUCUACCACCACCUCCGGCAGGAGAUCCUCCAGGAAUUCUCCUUCCAUGACCAUGUCAAGGAGGAGGCCAACCGGUACCUGGCCGGGCUGCGUGGGCAGCGCCGGAACGUGACCUACGUGGGUGUGCACGUCCGGAGGGGGGACUACGUCUGGGUAAUGCCCCAGGUCUGGAAGGGGGUGGUGGCGGACAAGGCCUACCUGGAGAAGGCCAUGGGCUACUUCCGGGCCAAGUACCAGGAGCCGGUCUUCGUGGUGACCAGCAACGGGAUGGAGUGGUGCCGGGAGAACAUCGAUGCCUCGCGGGGGGACGUGUAUUUCUCCGGGGAUGGGAAGGAGUCGUCGCCAGGGAGGGACUUUGCUCUCUUGGCCCAUUGCAACCACACGAUCAUGACCAUCGGGACCUUCGGCAUCUGGGCUGGUUACCUGGCUGGGGGAAAGACCAUCUACUUGGCCAACUACACCCUCCCCGAUUCCCCCUUCCUCAAGAUCUUCAAGGCUGCGGCCGCCUUCCUGCCCGAGUGGAUUGGGAUUGACGCCGAUCUCUCCCCGCUGCAAAGUGGGGCAACCAGCUAAAGGAGCUCAGCCGGGAUCACGUGAUGAAAGCAGCCAUGAGUCAGAGGCGCUUUGUCCCAUCCCAAGCAGGUGGCAGAGGAGCAUCUUCAAAGACGUAUCGUUCUUAACGGCCCAGCCGGACUGACAGCUGCUGGGUGUUCCCCAGGGGAAACCCGUUGGUCACUGUUACAGAGUCAAUAUUCCUGACUUCAGAUACAGGCCUGGUACGUUCACACAAGUAACAUAAUCCUAUUCUGCCAA